UAAUUUGUGAUGUCCCAUUCUUAAAUAUGUACUUGUAGUGUGAAGUCAAUUUAAAGCAUCACUUCCAGGGUUUUUUUAAAUUCUUUGUGUUUUAUGAAAAUUGUGGCCAGUAAACAAAUCAAAAUUGAAAAGUAGGUAAAAAGUAAGACAAAAAAAAAAAAAAAAAAAAACCUGCAGUUUGUUUUCAUCUUGUCUCUAAGCAACCGAAGAACCUCCAUAGUACAUUUUCUAGUUUAUACGAAAUCCAAAUGCUAAAUCAAUGUUGACUUGUGUUUAAAAUGCCAAUGCGACUGUUUAGAGGAAAACUUGUUUUAAUAGGAGAUGCGGCAGUUGGAAAGAGUGCUAUUUGUCAGACUUUUGCCACCGAUGGCAGCGAAUUUCCCAAAAAUUACAACAUGACCCUUGGUGCUGAGGUGUAUCAGAAGCAAAUACAAAUCUCAGGGACAGAGGACCUUGUCGAGCUUCUGAUUUAUGACUCGCCGAGUUUUGAAAUGUACAUCGAACUGCUGGACAGUUUUUGGAGGAGUCCGCAUUUGCUCAUGGUUGUUUAUGACGUGACGAACAAGAAAUCACUUGAGGCUGUGAGCGACUGGGUUUCGACAGCGAGGCAAGUACAGUGGCAAGGGCCGAACAAUGGGCCGAUCGCGUCUGUUCUGUUCGCGAACAAAGACGACCUCGAGCAACGGAGGCAAUGUGGGGAAAACGAAGGACUCGAAAUGGCCGAACAAUAUUUAAUGAAAUUUUUUACAGGUUCUGCUAAAAACAACCAAGGGCUUGAAGAUCCAUUUCGAUAUCUUGCAAACGCUUUUUAUCAGCAUUCAAUAACAGAACCACCAUUUUAUGAAUGAAUUAAAUUAAUAAAUUAUAUUAAGUGAAAUAAACAUUUUUUAAAAAAUAA